UACUUCUGUGUUUUCAUUGAUUUGAAAGAUGGCGUCUGAAGGAGAGCUGGGCGCUGCUGCUACAACCGAACCGGAGACCGGAGACGGAGAUGCUGCAUUUGGUGAACUACCCACCAGCAUGGAUACUGAAUCAUCAAACGGCAAAGAGGGGAUGGAAACAGCUGGUGAAGGCUCUGAGGCUGCUGAUGCUCUGACUGGAUCCGGAGAUGAGGAGAGCGGGAGGCAGCUGGGCGACGUGGAGCUGCAGUGUGCCUUGUGUAUGAAGUGGUUCACCGCAGACACGUUUGCCAUUGACACCGCGACCUGUCUUCCCUUCAUGACUAAUUAUGUGUUUCACUGCAACGUGUGCCAUCACAGCGGCAACACAUACUUCCUCAGGAAACAAGCAAACUUGAAGGAGAUGUGUCUCACAGCCCUGGCGAACCUGACAUGGCGGUCCAGAACACAAGACGAGCACCCAAAGACAAUGUUCUCCAAAGACAAGGAUAUCAUACCGUUCAUUGACAAGUUCUGGGAGUGCAUGACAACGCGUCAGAGACCGGGGAAGCUCACCUGGCCCAACAACAUAGUGAAGACGAUGAGUAAAGAGCGGGAUGUUUUCCUGGUGAAGGAACACCCCGACCCUGGCAGUAAAGACCCUGAGGAGGACUACCCCAAAUUUGGCCUGUUGGACCAGGACCUGGGAAACAUCGGACCCUCCUAUGACACACAGAAACAGACCACUGCUGCUCCCACGGCCGGUGGGCUGAAUGGUGGAUCUACUUUCUCAGGUGCUUUGGCCCCUGGUCCAGGAAAAGGAAGAGGGGCCAAACGUAAACAGCAGCAGCAACAGGAGGGCGCUGCUGCAGGAGCCACAAAGAGAACCCGAAGCGACCCUCUGUUCUCGGCCCAGCGCCUGCCUCCUCACGGUUACCCACUAGAGCACCCCUUUAAUAAAGAUGGCUACCGUUACAUCCUGGCAGAACCAGAUCCUCACGCCCCAGACCCGGAGAAGCUGGAACUGGACUGCUGGGCCGGCAAACCCAUCCCUGGGGAUCUGUACCGGGCCUGUCUGUAUGAGAGGGUGCUGCUGGCCUUACACGACAGAGCGCCCCAGCUGAAGAUCUCCGACGACCGUCUGACCGUGACCGGGGAGAAGGGCUACUCCAUGGUGCGAGCCUCCCACGGCGUCCGGAAGGGCUCCUGGUACUUUGAGGUUACCGUUGAAGACAUGCCUUCAGAGACGGCAGCCAGGCUCGGCUGGUCUCAACCACUCGGCAACCUGCAGGCCCCUCUGGGUUACGACAAGUUCAGCUACUCGUGGCGCAGCAAGAAGGGCACGCGGUUCCACCAGUCGGUAGGAAAGCAUUAUUCCUCGGGCUACGGUCAGGGAGACACGCUGGGCUUCUUCAUAGAGCUGCCUGACGCCACAGAGACCGCCAAGGCUCUGCCUGAUACGUACAAGGACAAGGCGCUGAUUAAGUUCAAGAGCUACCUGUACUUUGAGGAGAAGGACUACGUAGACAAAGCAGAGAAGAGCCUGAAGUCGACGAGCCCCAGCAGGAUGAUAUUCUAUAAAAACGGAGUAAACCAAGGUGUUGCCUUUGAAAACCUGUUUGAAGGCAUGUACUUCCCUGCCAUCUCACUCUACAAGAGCUGCACGGUGUCGGUCAAUUUUGGUCCACAUUUCAAACACCCUCCAAAGGACGUGAAGUACCAGCCGAUGAGCGACAUGGGCUGGGGAGCUGUGAUCGAACACACGCUGGCUGACAUGCUGUACCACGUGGAGACGGACGUGGACGGACGCCGCAGCCCUCCGUGGGAAGGAUGAAGGCAGCUUGACCUCUGUACGCCCCCCCCCCCCCCAAAA